CUAUCCGUCCGCCCAAAAAGAUUGGAGAGAGCGAGUGUGUAUUGAGUUUCAUUUGGCUUCCAAGGAUGGAAGGAACAUUAACUUUUUAAGCAAGAUUUUGUUAGAAGAGCAAGAAGAACAACAACAACAACAACAAAUAAUCACUAUCCAGUGAAUGAGUGUCCCCAGAAUUUUUUGCACAUCAUCCUGCUUCAGGAAGGACAUCCCCCGAUGGUUUGGAUCGCAAUUUACCCUCCUGUUGAUGCGGGAGGGGGACAGGAUACCCUCUCAAUCACUUCCUGCUCGAUGCUCAGGUCCUGCGACUUCACAGCUCCUAAGAAGUUGGGGGAGUUCUAGGGAGCAAGCCCCCCUCUUCACUGACGUUGAGACGGAUAGGCUAUGUAUGCCUAACCACCUUUGUAGUCAGACUCCGCCCCACAACCAGAAUCCCCCCAAGGCAGCGUUCUCCGCCAUGGUGUCCUCCUUACAUUCCAGGAGGCUGAAGUACCUGUCUCUGGGGGUUCUCGUGUUGCAGACCACCUCACUGGUACUCACCAUGCGCUACUCUCGCACUCUGAAGGAAGAUGGCCCCCGCUACCUGGCCUCGUCUGCUGUAGUGUCCGCCGAGGUGAUCAAGAUCCUAGUCUGCACUCUCCUGGUCUUCAUGGAGAACAAUUUUUAUGUGAAGGCCAUGAACCAGCAGCUGAAGGAGGAGAUUGUGAGCAAGCCUCUGGAGACCAUGAAACUGGCCAUACCGGCGGGAAUCUACACACUGCAGAACAAUCUACUCUAUGUUGCCUUGUCCAACCUGGACGCAGCCACCUAUCAGGUCACAUACCAGCUGAAGAUUCUGACCACAGCGCUGUUUUCCAUCUCCAUGUUGGGGAGAAGGCUGGGUUUCUAUCAAUGGAUGUCCCUACUCCUCCUCAUGGCUGGAGUCACUUUAGUGCAGUGGCCCACAGCAUCUGAAGGAGAUUCAGAGCAGAAAGUAUUGUCUGCGAGCAUCCAGUUUGUGGGUCUGAUGGCUGUGCUGAUAGCAUGCAUAUCCAGUGGUUUUGCUGGGGUUUACUUUGAGAAAAUCCUCAAGGAGACAAAACAGAGUGUGUGGAUUCGUAACAUACAGCUGGGUUUGUUCGGGUUUGUCUUUGGUACAUUAGGAAUGAUGGUGUAUGACGGUGAGAGAGUGACACAGUCUGGAAUGUUUCAAGGCUACAACAAGAUCACCAGUAUAGUUAUUGUCUUACAGGCUUUAGGAGGCUUGGUCAUAGCUGUGGUCAUUAAAUAUGCCGACAACAUCCUCAAAGGGUUUGCUACCUCUCUGUCCAUCAUCGUGUCUACGCUGAUCUCAUAUUUCAUGUUGGAAGACUUUAGCCCUACUGGUAUGUUUUUCUCAGGCGCAGCACUGGUUAUUGCAGCCACAUUUCUGUACAGCUGUGAGAGCAAACCUGCUAGUGGCAGUGCUGUAAAAGUAUAAAGGAGAGAAGUCCUCCUGCCGGCAAAACAUAAACAGAGCAGGACUCUGUGACGUGUGGGAACAAGAUGGAUAUGUGUGGGAGGAGAAAAAAAAACUUACAGAUAAUCUGCAAGGACUCUGAACAGAUAUGCCCCUGCAUCACUGCAACUUUGACAAAGAAUGAGAAAACAGUUAUUAGACACGAUGCUGUGUUAAAGAAAAGACAACAUGCCAAUAAAGUACUGUGGUAGCUUAUUAGAGGGGCAGGACAUGAUUUUAAUUUUGUUAAAGGGUUGAUUACUGAAUACAAAGCUGAUGUUUACAGUGGUGUGUGUGCCAACUUCAAAGAGAAGAAAUCUUGACUGAGCUUCCAUCUAGUGGUGGAAUAACAAGCAAAAAUACUCUGUUUAACGAUGCUAAAGAAAAUAAAGAUGUGAGAUGAAGAGAC